UUUUACUUGUCGCACCACAGCUUAUAUUGUGGUCGAGAUAUUUAGUGGUUUGCGCUAUAAAAUUAUACUAGAUCGAUCCAAAGUAUAAUCUUUUAACGCUGUGUUUUUCAAGUUCCUAAAUGAAUUUCAAAUAAAGGCUUCCUUUCAGACAAACAAUACAGCAGUACCUUUUAAAAACUAUUAGAUGAUUCAACAAGGAAGUUCCUGACAGAAAUGAAAGGAAAGUUGCUGGUGAAUUUCCGUUGCUCUCAUAACUUCUACAGUAGGUGUGCUUUGUGACUUACAAGGGUUGCUAAUGUCGAAUUGAAGAGGAAAAUGUGCCAGCUUUUAACGCACAAAUGGUCAUACAGGAACGAAAUGGACUUUAUUUGACACUUCUGUCUUCGGUUGGAUGUGAAUGAAUGGUACAAACGUGUUGAGUGCAGAAAUACACUGCACAAUGACAGCAAGUACAGCAAACCACCUUUGGCUCAUUAAUGAUGUUCUUGGUCAGGGAGCAACAGCAAGCGUCUACAAAGGACGAAACAAGAAAACAGGUGAGCUGGUUGCUGUGAAGGUCUUUAACUUGGUGAGCUACAACAGGCCUUAUGAAGUUCAGAUGAGGGAGUUUGAGGUGUUGCAGAGGCUCAAUCACGUCAACAUUGUUAAACUCUUUGCUGUGGAGGAGAUGCAUUUGAACCCAAAGCAGAAGGUUCUGGUGAUGGAGUUCUGUUCAGGUGGCAGCCUGCUGAACCAACUAGAGGAGCCUGAGAAUGCUUUCGGCCUGUCUGAGUCUGAGUUCCUCAUCAUGUUACAGUGUGUGGUCCAAGGAAUGAACCACUUGCGGGAGAAUGGGGUAGUCCACAGGGAUAUCAAACCUGGUAAUAUCAUGAGGCAAGUGGGUGAGGAUGGACGCUCAGUGUACAAGCUCACAGACUUUGGCGCUGCCCGUGAGUUGGAGGACAAUGAGAAGUUUGUGUCCAUAUAUGGCACAGAGGAAUACCUGCAUCCUGACAUGUACGAGCGUGCAGUGUUAAGAAAGCCCCAGCACAAAGCUUAUGGAGUGUCUGUGGAUCUUUGGAGCAUUGGUGUCACCUUCUACCAAGCUGCCACCGGCAGCCUUCCCUUUAUACCAUAUGGAGGCCCACGCAGAAACAAGAAGACCAUGUACAAAAUCACAACAGAGAAGCCAGAGGGAGCCAUAUCAGGUGUACAGAAGGUAGAAGAUGGUCCUAUUGAAUGGAGCUACCGACUGCCACACUGCUGCCAGCUCUCAGAGGGUUUAAAGACCCAGCUGGUACCAGUGUUGGCCAGCAUAUUGGAGGCCAAUCAAGAGAAGUGUUGGGGCUUUGUCCAGUUCUUUGCUGCUACUACUGACAUCCUGCACCGCAUCACAAUCCAUAUCUUCUCUCUCCAGCAGGCCACUGCUCACAGAAUCUACAUCCACUUUCACAACACAGUCUCAAUCUUUUUUGAGGAUGUUCAGGCCCAGACUGGUAUUGAACCCACAGCUCAACAGUACCUGUUUCAGGGUCAUCCUCUCAUAUUGGAGCCAAGCAUGAAAGUUGUCAACCUUCCCCCCACCAGUUCAGACUGUCCUAUCAUUCUGAUCAGCCGACGUCCAGAGAAACUUGUAGGACUUCUGUACAGAGAGCCUGAGGCCUCUGCCAUACCCACAAAGUUUGACAUCAUGGCAGAUUACACUUUUUCCAAGACUGUGCUCGGGGUCAUCCAUCAAUACCUGCAUAUAGUUCGCGUCCUCCAGAAGUACAGGGAACUGAUUCUGCAGGGAUUCUAUAGCUACAUUGAAAACACAGGCUUGGAAUGCAGUAACGUGGCACACAGGAUUGCCAUGGUGAAUAUGAAGCUGCUUUCUUGUAUCGGCACAGAGGAGAACCUCCACAGAUUAACACACAAGUUUGCACAUGAGUUUCCAGACUUCAUAGACAAUAAAAAGAAACUUGCAAUGAUUGAAGAGGAUUUGCAGCGGAUGUAUGGCAAUGGAAUCAGAGAGUUUCAGAAUCAGCUGCAGCACCUGCAUGUCAUGCUCUCUAAACACUCAGAGACACUGGCUCAGGAUAAGAGCAGCAUCCAGAAGAUGGAGGUUCUGUUGGGAAAAAUUGUUGCUGUACAUCAGCUAUAUUGCAAAGACAGAGUAACAGGGAGGUUUAAUAUGACGUCGGCCCACCCUUUGCAGCUAUAACAGCUUCAACUCUUCUGGGAAGGCUUUCCACAAGGUUUAGGAGUGUGUUUAUGGGAAUUUUUGACCAUUCUUCCAGAAGCGCAUUUGUGAGGUCAGACACUGAUGUUGGACGAGAAGGCCUGGCUCGCAGUCUUCACUCUAAUUCAUCCCAAAGGUGCUCUAUCGGGUUGAGGUCAGGACUCUGUGCAGGCCAGUCAAGUUCUUCCACACCAAACUCACUCAUCCAUGUCUUUAUGGACCUUGCUUUGUGCACUGGUGCGCAGUCAUGUUGGAACAGGAAGGGGCCAUCCCCAAACUGUUCCCACAAAGUUGGGAGCAUGGAAUUGUCCAAAAUCUCUUGGUAUGCUGAAGCAUUCAGAGUUCCUUUCACUGGAACUAAGGGGCCAAGCCCAGCUCCUGAAAAACCCCACACCAUAAUCCCCCCUCCACCAAACUUCACAGUUGGCACAAUGCAGUCAGACAAGUACCGUUCUCCUGGCAACCGCCAAACCCAGACUCGUCCAUCAGAUUGCCAGAUGGAGAAGCGUGAUUCAUCACUCCAGAGAACGCGUCUCCACUGCUCUAGAGUCCAGUGGCGGCGUGCUUUACACCACUGCAUCCGAUGCUUUGCAUUGCACUUGGUGAUGUAUGGCUUGGAUGCAGCUGCUCGGUCAUGGAAACCCAUUCCAUGAAGCUCUCUACGCACUGUUCUUGAGCUAAUCUGAAGGCCACAUGAACUUUGGAGGUCUGUAGCGAUUGACUCUGCGACCUCUGCACACUAUGCGCCUCAGCAUCCGCUGACCCCGCUCUGUCAUUUUACGUGGCCUACCACUUCGUGGCUGAGUUGCUGUCAUUCCCAGUCGCUUCCACUUUGUUAUAAUACCACUGACAGUUGACUGUGGAAUAUUUAGUAGCGAGGAAAUUUCACGACUGGACUUGUUGCACAGGUGGCAUCCUAUCACAGUACCACGCUGGAAUUCACUGAGCUCCUGAGAGCGGCCCAUUCUUUCACAAAUGUUUGUAGAAGCAGUCUGCAUGCCUAGGUGCUUCAUUUUAUACACCUGUGGCCAUGGAAGUGAUUGGAACACCUGAAUUCAAUUAUUUGGAUGGGUGAGCGAAUACUUUUGGCAAUAUAGUGUGUGUAUAUAUAUAUAUAUAUAUAUUAAAAAAAAAUCUAUGUAUAUGAAAAUCAAGCACGUUUAACCAUAAUAACAAAGCAUAACCUGUACAACCUUAAUGACACAAGCAACAAAAAAAUUAAGUUUCCAAAAACCUUUACCCCUUUUUUUCUUAUUUACACAAACUGACAAACACACACGCACUAAAUGAAGGAAGAAGAUGUUGCCCUGGGAAAUCAAGAAGCUAAAUAAUAUAUGUAUGUUGUUGUGCUAUGAUUGAAGUUAUGUUUUUGCCAUUAAAUAUUCUAUGAAUAUGUCAAAUUAUGAUUACAUUUAAUCUGUCCUAACUUUUUACACUGUUAUGGCUCAUUUCAAAUUCCAACUUGAACAUAACUGUAAAUCUUUGAACAGUCAGUUAACUGGCUAAUACACAGAAGAGUCGAAGUUCCCAGCUGUCAGGGAGGAUGGGAAAACAGCUGAUGUUUAUCCAUUCCGUGUUCAGACUUGUGCAUACAUCCAAAAAAAAUUCACUUUUAAGUACUGUGUAGUGUCACUUGUGAAAAUGCUCUCUCCACAUGAUUAUUAGAUGUGGGAUGAGUGAGCAAUAUGAUCACCAUGAGUGCUAAAAUCUCAGAAUAUCAUGCAUUUGUCUCAUCAAGUAUCAUUUAAGUCAGCAUGAAACUGAAGUUGCAACCGACUUCCAUAUUGUGAUGUAUUUUAGAGUGAAACGGCUUAUUGAAAAGAAAAAAAAUGUAGGCAGGGGACUUGAUUUUAUCCAUCGGUUGUUGAUUGGAUUGUGAAAAGUGGCCGUUGCAUACCGGAGUGGAGGCAGAUGUGAAUGCGAGUUUGCAGUAGACACAAACACACACCCCUUCCACCAUGCUACACGAGCCAGAACAAGUUAUCGGUGAAAUUGAGCAGCGAUCUCAACACAUUGAUGAUCAAACUGACAACAUAAAUGCACAAGCACAUUGCAGUCUUUGCUUAUGAUGAGGCUAUUGCAGUUGAAAAAGGAGUGAGUAAAAGAUAACAAUAUUUUAACAUUUUUAAUCACAAUACACUAAAUAUAAAGGGGAAAAAAACACUCGUGCUGUUCAUCCCAAGAUACCUGCAUUAAAAAUAUGAAUAAACUCCAGAGGUAUCCGAAGCGUUGUAUUCAGUAGUGUAUUCAGCAGUUCAGGCAUGAAAUAUCUUGAACACAUCGGUGAAUUCACCGUUAUUCCUCCUCAUUCGAAAUGUAAAUUCAAGCCAGCUGGCCCAUAAACAAGGAAGAUUGGGGUAAGGAACGGGAGUUUUGGAGGAAACAGCUGAAAAUACACCUUUUCACCUCUGUAUUAGCUGCUUUGACUGCAAGUUUGUUGAUACUCAUGAAGGGGUGGAGUUAGUCAUUUCACUAGAAGAGCAAGUCAUGAUAUUUUGAUUAAAGAUUACAAGGUUAAAAAUAAUUAUAAAAUAGCCAAUAUGCAUGGAUGAAUUGUUCAUAAUAAGACCAGUUACAUGCAUUAAUAAAAUAAAUAGGGUCAAUUUUGAUUUCAUGCUUUAAACUUCUAGGCAUCUCAGGUGCAAUUUUUCUAUUGUGUUGCAAGAGCUGUAAAUAUGCUUGAAAGAAAUUCCACAGAUAAGUACUGACAUUAUGCACGACUAGAGGUCCACAGUAAUUUCCCCAUUUUUGACAUUUUCACCACUUUGUCAUUGUUUAGAUUGCCUAACCCACUCAUCUUGCUGAAAUCCAGAGCAACACCUGCUAAUCAUGCACUUGUUUAGAACAUACUAGUGGGCGUGGCUACUCAUAGCUCCUCUGAACAGGACUGAACACAUUUUCUGUCAAUCAUUGUUUUGGCUAUUUGAUUAAAGCAUUGUGUGUUGAGACAUUUUCUUUAUUAAAGCUGCAUAGGCAAUGGAAUUGCUUAAUUUUAUAAAUGUUAAAACCUGCCAAAAUCAUUCCAAAACAGCCCAUAUAUUGUCCACCCACCCAUGCAAAUUUUCCCUGCACAAUUCAGUCAAAACUUGCCCAGAUGGGUGGGAACCCCACACGCGUGAUUAAAUUGGGCUUCCGUCGAUAUCGUGGUGCAUGCAUCCCAUUUGAAUUCUACAUGAGAAUGUUCUAUUUUAAAGCGCUUUGGAGCAAUUCAACCAUGUCAAACAAAUAAACAGCCCCUAUAUUCUGAACAGCGCUGAUGAGGGAAAGAGAAAACACCUGCCCUGCACCAGCAUCAAUUACAAGAUUUUUCACAUUUUCACAUCAACACCCUUACUAAUAUUUAUCAAAGUAACUGUAACAUAAUUUUUCAGUACAACUGUGGAAAUUGUAACCGAGAAAAAACACGGAUAGCACAUACUUCAGACUUUGAAGUAUCGCAGACAUCGGAUCACUGGCUAAGAAAAUCGAUAUAAGAUCGUAUUGUAAUGAAACUUGCAAUUUAUCCCCCUAGUAUUUACACUUGAUAACUACUUCUGUUCAAUGAUCGAAUAGCUAUGAACAGGAUAUGGUUUGAGAUGCAUACAAGACCAGACUCGGCCAAGCGUAAAUGUGUAGCUGACUUAUAACAUGUCCAUGGACUUAAUUUUUAAAUCAGUAUGAAGAUUUCAAGUUAAAUUUUACAUUCAUUUAUAAAGUAAAGUAUACUGUAUAUCUUAGGACCUGUAACUGGACACCAUUUCUUUUUCAUUUUUAAACACCUUUUUGUUUGUUCAUUUUAAGGACACAUAUUCCAUGUAAUCUCUCAGUUGAGGUCAUAAAGGCUGCAUGUAUACAAAUGAUAACAGCAUUAGCAAAAUGUUAUUUAAAACAGUUUUAGAUGGAGUAUAACAUGUCCGCAUAUAACCGCAUGUCAUGUCAACUAUCCAAAUGCAGGUGGUCACAUACGUAAACUAUCAUGUCAGCAUAAGAAACAUUGAUAGCCCCGCAAUCCAUGUUUGAGAGUUGUCUUUUGUACCGCAAUCAUCGAAGCAAUUUUAGCCACCUCCGGUUUAGUUUUCAUAAGCAAACAAAGUUUCCGGCAUUUGCAUUAUCACGGAAGUAAACUCUAAUAUAUUUUCAAAUAGUGCAAGAUUAGUAGAUCUGAUUUAUACAUUAUUGUGUAAAUGGAUUGUGCACCCAAACAGAGUGCAAUCCAACUGAUAAAGACACAUGAAGUGAAGUGUAAAUUGGCCUAAAGAUAUUCUAGAUGAUUGCAUUUGCUAAUCUAUGACACCUGUCAAAGUGCUUCUCUGCAAAAUGCAAAAGGAAUGUUGUAUCUUAACUUCUGCAGAAUAUGUACAGUAUGUAAAGCUUUAAAUCCUUAAUAUAAGUUCAUCUCAUGUUCUAAAUGCUUAAACACUUAGCAAAAAUGCACUAUAGUUUGUAAGAGAGUGUAUGGAUAGAAGUGAGUGACCCAUUUCUCUCACUCCCACCUCUAGAAGCUGGAAGUGGAAUUUGAUGAGUGGAGCCAGUACUGAGAUUAGUACUCACUAAUGUACUGAUGUCUCCCACUUCAAGGAGGGGAAGCACUGUUGUGCUGCCUUAUCUGAAAGUGUGGACCAUUUCAGACAGGCCAGCAUGGAGCCUGGCCGCACUGAUAAUGUUAGAUAUGGCUUUGUGGAAAGACCGAAAAACCAAAAUACAGUUUAUCUUUUGCAGUCAUACAGAAAAUAACUACUGUGCAGCAGGGUUCAGAUUUUGAAAUAUUUUUCAGACCGAUGCUAAUUUGUUCACUUUCUG